AGCCAGCUCAGCCAGGCAGGGCCGGGAGGGAGUGGGACAGAUUCUGGGAGUGCAGCGGGGAGGAGUCCUGGCUGGGCUGAACGGGGGAGCUGCUUGGCAGUGCCAGAGCCUAGGCCCCAGAGCCCUGCUGGAGAGGAGGUGGAUCGAGAAGGCAGGCCCCUAGAGGAGCUGAGGCAGUGCAAUGGCAGACUGCUACACGGAACUGGAGAAGGCAGUUGUUGUCCUGGUGGAAAACUUCUACAAAUAUGUGUCUAAGCACAGCCUGGUCAAGAACAAGAUCAGCAAGAGCAGUUUCCGCAAGAUGCUUCAGAAAGAGCUCAACCACAUGCUGACGGACACUGGGAACCGAAAGGCCGCCGACAAGCUCAUCCAGAACUUAGACGCCAAUCAUGAUGGACGCAUCAGCUUUGACGAGUACUGGACCUUGAUAGGCGGCAUUACCUGCCCCAUUGCCAACCUGAUCCGCCAGCAGGAGCAGCAGAGCAGCAGCUAGAGGCCUCACCACCACCUCUUCCUGGCCCUGACAGAGCCCCAGCCCUGGUGUUCCUCCCAGGCGCCCUCCUCAACUCUGCCCUCUUAGCCCCUUUCCUUGCUUCUCCCUCCAGACCUUCUCCUUACCCUUGCUCAGCAGUGGAAGGGGAGAUGUCAGGGUCCUUUUGUGAAUAUCUCAAUGUGGGGGUGCUACCCUGAGGGUCUCAGUCCCUGGAGCCAGCAGGCCCUAGGGCUCCCCUGUGAGAUCUCAAUGCUGUUUGGGGACCCCAAGAGUUUCCUCACCUGUUCAGUCUUCCAAUGUCUGCUUUUUUGUCUGAUUCCUGCCUGAUUCUGGGUCCUGACCUCCUGGGGUCAGCUUGCUGCUUGAGGUCUCCCUGCUUCUGGUGUCAGCAGUGGCAGAGACCUCUCCCCUCCUGCAUAGUCCUCAGCUGGGUAGAGAAGCAUUUCCAGGGACUCCCCUCUAGCUGCCUUUGUGUCUGGGAAUGAGCUAAGCAGGGCUGAGCCUUUUCCCUCUGCUUAGCCACUAAAAUGACAGUAAUAAAGGCUGAAUUUGGAGUUUGUA